AUGGAUGUCAAGUGUGCCUUUCUCAAUGGAGAUCUCGAAGAGACUGUGGGACCAAAUGGCCCUGCUGCUGGUGUUGGUGCUCAACAUUCUCAGUGUUAUGGUGCAUGGUAUGGAUCAGUCCCUGGUUUAAAAGUUGUUGUACCAUACUCCUCUGAAGAUGCCCGUGGACUUCUAAAAGCUGCAAUUAGAGAUCCUGAUCCCGUUGUUUUUCUUGAAAAUGAGUUGUUGUAUGGCGAAUCGUUCCCAGUUUCCGCAGAAGCUCUUGAUUCAAGUUUCUGCCUCCCGAUAGGAAAAGCGAAGAUUGAAAGAGAAGGGAAAGAUAUCACCAUCACUGCUUUCUCUAAGAUGGUUGGCUAUGCUCUUAAGGCGGCUGAAAUACUUGAAAAGGAAGGGAUAAGUGCAGAGGUAGUAAACCUGCGGUCCAUUCGACCAUUAGAUAGAGGUACAAUCAAUGCUUCUGUGAGGAAAACUAACCGGCUGGUGACUGUUGAGGAAGGCUUUCCUCAACAUGGUGUUGGUGCUGAAAUCUGUGCUUCGGUUGUUGAAGAUAGCUUUGGUUAUCUGGAUGCCCCAGUGGAGAGGAUUGCUGGGGCUGAUGUUCCCACACCUUAUGCUGCCAAUCUUGAGAGAAUGGCUUUUCCACAGAUUGAGGAUAUUGUUCGUGCUGCUAAGAGAGUUUGUUAUAGGUCGGCACUACCUUUGGCUGCAACUGCUUGAUGCAUUUAUUAUCUUCUGAUUUUUCAUUAUGUUCUUCACACACAAACUCAUAAACAUUCACUGCCACAUUUUUUUUUUUUCAAUUAUCAUUUUAUACUACACUCAGUAAAAAGAUGAAAGCUUUGGCGAAAGUCUUGAUUCUAGAGCUAGGGUACUACAUGCAUAAAGAAACAAUAAUAUUAUUUACUUUAUGAUUUUCUUAAACCAAACUUGUGUUUUGUGUGUGUGUAUUAUUUAUUUUGUGUGUUCGUUCCUAGAUCUUUGAAGAAAGUGUUAUAGAUAUUUAUGGAAAAUGUAGCGAAACUUUUGUAACAAAUAUAUAAUAAUUUUAAUGAAUAAGCUAUUUGUACGAGUUAUUAAAUCAA